AUGUGCAAAAAGAUUACUUGCGGUAAAUGUACUAAACCAACUUGGGCUGGUUGUGGUCAACAUAUUGAAAGUUGUUUAGCAGAUGUACCAGUCAAUGAAAGAUGUGUUUGUGCUCGUACCUGA